GGCCGGACUGCACGCCGCUCUCUUGGCGUUUGUCUUCACCGAGCGCCAGGACGACAAGGUGUGAAUAACCUUCUCCCCCCACCCCUCCCCUCCCCCGGAACCGGCUCUGAUGGCGAGAAACACGCUUUCAUCGCGGUUCCGACGGGUCGACAUCGACGAAUAUGACGAAAACAAGUUCGUGGACGAUCAGGAGGAGGCGGCGGAGAACCAAGGGCCGGACGCCGCCGAGGUCGACGACCUUAUUCGACAAGGAGACAUGAUGACUGCGUUUCACACUGCACUAAGGAACCCUCCCAUCAACACCAAGAAUGCCGCUGUGAAGGGGAAGGCACAGGCAACGGUGCUCAGGGUCCUCACGUCGUUCCGGAGCAGCGAGAUCGAGACGGCCGUCCGCUCCUUGGACAGGAACGGCGUGGACUUGUUGAUGAAGUACAUCUACAGGGGAUUCGAGAAGCCCACGGAAAACAGCAGCGUAAUGUUCCUGCAGUGGCAUGAAAAGGCUUUUGCAGUGGGUGGCUUAGGAUCCAUCGUGCGAGUUCUCACUGCACGAAAGACCGUUUAAAAGACUGUCCCUCACCAAAGAAGAGGAUGUAGGCGGAUGUAGGCAAGCAGCCGGUGGAUGGACUUUUCCCCAGACAGUCACUGACGAUCAUCGGAACACUAAAACAACAGAAAUGUUAUUUUAAGUGUUGGGCUCGCAUUGUGCCUGUUGCUAAGUUUGUGAGGGGUGUUUAUUCUUGUAUUUAAUAUACAUGAUUUUCUUGUAUAUAGUCUUGCAUAUCUUCACAUUCCUGUUGAGUUUGGGUUUUUUUUUAAUUUGGAAGACCUUAACUUUUUCAAUUCUUGAAAUUCAUCUAUAAAAAUGAGAUGUUCCGUAGUACAGGAGGAAAUAUAGGCCUUGGUGUGACGAGUAGUAGCUCAAAAAUGAACUUCUUGAAAAUGGUGCUUCAAUGUACCUUAUACAAUCAGGACUUAUAAACAGGCACCGCCAGACAUUUUUAGUGGUGGGGUUCCCUCGGCAGAGUUAUGUAACUGCCCUGCAAAAAUUGAGCUA